AUGUCAAGCGGUGCUGCCGUGUUCAACUCUCGGUACUCAAGGGCAGUGUUAUCGAAGUCUGACUGGGAGGAUCACCGGGAAUUUAUUCAAAAGCAUUACAUAGAAAACGACAAAACACUAGAAGACUUGAAAGUUCUACUGAAAGAUAAUCUAGGUGUAGAAGUUACGAAACAUCAACUAGAAUAUCGCUGUAGGCGAUGGAAGUUCCGAAAAAACUACUCUCAGGCAUAUCCUCGACAAUCCCAAAACCAGAGCGUUCUGAAGUUUCCUCCGGUAGAGGCAAAGAAGGGGCGGAUGAAGCAGAAGGCUUCCUGUGAGCCGCAACCAGGUCCAACUAGGCAAAAAGUCAGGAUGCCUCAGGACGACGGUGCCAGCGGCCCUAACUUUGCUACUCAUGGUUUCUGCCAGUUCUCGAGUAGCCCCCCUGCAUCAAAUGAUAAUGGUCUGUCAUCUUACGCAGCAUUGCAGGGCUAUGAUGACAGGCCUUCUGGUGCGCUGAAGCAGGAUGAAAUUUAUUCCAGUACACAGGGAAACAGUUAUAAUCCUUUGCUUUCUGUUCGGGGCCAAAAUGAAUUGCUCGAUACUAGACGUGCCCCGCGACACGAACUGGAUGAAUACAAGUCGACCGGCCUCCACGAUUCCCAGCUGUUGUUCAAUAGCUCUACUGAGUACAACCCGUCUCAAUAUGUUGGACACAGCACCUCGCCCCUGGACCAAAGCUUCGAAACAUCGAUGGAAUCGCUACAUCUGAGGGACCGGAAAAACGAUACAUUGCAGAGGCAGUAUGCACAGGAGUAUCCAAGUUUGAAUACCGCCAACUUUCGAAACGACCUUACGCCAUAUUUAGACACAGGAUAUAACACCUGGCCUCUGUCAGCUCCACCAUUUCCAUAUUGCGAAUCUAUGAACAUCAACUGGGACGCCGACCGGUCAACCACAGAGAUGUUGGCAGACCAGCAGCUAGAUCCUAAUGUCUGUGCAGCACCGUUAUCGCACCAACAGCAGAACAACUUUGAAAGUACGUUUCCGACAAACACGCACUACAUGGACUCGGGAAAUACUCCUCGGAGAUCCGUUUUUCGAUACUCGGAUACUAUGACUAGAGAAUGGAACAACUAA